GGUGGCCCGAAGCUGGAGAGACGGCUACAUCCCUGGGUGGGAAGUAGGCAGUAGGUAAGGGGCAGAACGAGGAGCGUGUGCGCGGUGGAUGGAGUGCGAGCAUGAGUAGGACGUGGGUCGUCGUGUGUCGCUGCAGAGGGCCGAGAGAGCGUGUCUCCUGCGGAACACAGCUGGCACGGACCGUCAAGAUGUAAGCUGACGGGGGCAGAGAACGCGUGUGUGACGGUACGCCGCCUGGCCCAGGGCCCACGAGAGAGAACGUGCCACGAGAGGAAGAAGAAGAAGAAGAGGAGGGGGAGAGAGAGAGAGAUACGAUCUCAAACACGGGGCCCGAUCUGGGAGGAUGGAGUAGAGCGGGAACCAGGGAUCGAUUGCUUCCCGAUUGUUGGCAUGGAGGACACGACACUGGGCUUCAUCGAGGGCUGAGCUAUCGAAAAAUAUGGCGUCAGGAUUACCGAGCGUUCAUCAGAGGAAGCUUGGACCAGCGCCGAUAGCAUCCUUCGAAGACCUGUCCGACGAGGUGGAAAACGGGGAACCGGCUGCGCGAAUGCCAGGCAUCGUCGAGGUCACCACGCCGGCAACGCCUGGUAGUUCGCUUAAGACACCCAGCACGCCGAGAAUUGACAUCAGCAGGGCGAGCAGUUCCUCCCACCAUGAGGACAGUAACUCCAGAGACUCGACGCCCGAGAGGGAACUCCUCGCAGGCGGAGAACCUCCACCUGGAUGCAAGCUGACUCUGGGCUAUAAAGAGGACGCCCAAGAUCUAAGAUCGUCGACGGAGGAGCUAGACCUGCAAGAUCCCAUUCACGAGCAAGAUCUGAAAAGAGAGUCGAAGAAAUUGGCCAAGAGGCGAAAGGAGGACGGCUCGUUGUCCGAUUAUAGCGGCAAACAAUUGGACAGAGAGAGGAAAGACAGCAAUUGCUCGGAAAUCGUUCUGCUGAACAUCAGCGGAAGAACGUCUAGACUCUCCUCCGUGGGUAGCCAAGGUUCUGGAGCCUCUGGCAAACUUUCCGUUGUCUCUGCCACGUCGUCCAGAUCGCCAAGUCCGCACAAAUGUCUACUGGAAACAUCGUUUUGCGGAAGCAAACCUACACUGGCAGACAACUUGAUAGAACCGUCGAAGCCGGAGACCGACGACCUGGAGAAAAUCCUGCUGAAACGGGAAGCAGACACGACGAAAGCACUGAUUCCAGAGAGUAUAAAAGUGUCGAUGGUAGAUGGGAACUUGAAGCCAGAUCCCCUGGACAAACCUAGAAGACGAGGGCGUGAAGAGAGGAAGGAGAUCUUCAAAAGGGAAGUGGAAAUCACGAAAAGAUUCCUCGAGAAGGUCAACAUACAGGUACCAGUGGUGAAGAAGAUAGCAGACCCACAAAGUACAACGACACAGCAACAAUCCGCAAGAGGUCAAGCGCAGGAGGUCCAGAAGCCAGUAACUUUGGACUUCAACGACAAGAGGAAAAAAGCGCAAAACUUCAAAGAGAUCGUGCAAACCACUCCGACAACGAGCAGCGUAACCGGUAGCCCGAAGCUACCAAGGCAUCAGAAAGUCCGUGACCUCGAAGGUUCUCGUACGCCCAGUCCCUCUUCCGUUUCCAGGAAGAGCAGUUUCGCCUCCCUCUUUAAGGCCCGUACAGACAGCAGUGUGUUGAGCCCAGAAUCCCCGUCGCCGAGCACGAAACCACGCCGUAGCCUCACCUCGAAGAUCAAGGACACCACCGAGAGUCUGCGAAGCAGAUCGAAGUCACGCGAACGCGCGGCCGCGGACCGAGCGGCGUCCGGCAGCUUGAAAAAGGACUCGAAGAACAAGGGCGUGUUCUCGUCGACGUUGAGCCUGUUCAAGAAACGCGAACGGAAGAAGAGUUACGACGAGGCGAUAGCGGCCUCCUGCGGCACGGAGUUGGACGCGUCCGGCGGCCACCCGUCCCUGGAGAGCAUCGGCCACGUGGAGUUUCGGUUCAACGCCGAGGACAGCCGCAAGGACGACUCGAUUUUCAUAAGCCUCCACGCGGACGACAGGAACUACGAGGAGGCCCUGCCGUCGGAGAGCGUGUCGAUACCAUUGGAAACGCCCACCAAGCUGCUGGACGAGUACGAGUCAGAGCCGCGUACAGGGAGCAUCGUGACCGAGGUGUCGAUCGAGCACUAUCCACCGACGUCGAGGAUAAAGACAGAGGCUCUGAUAGAAACCACGUCGAGAGCGUACUCGCGGGACAGCCAGGUGAUACCGCAGAGCGCGUCGAGGGACUCGGAGAUCUCGAGGAGCUCCUCGAAGGACUCGAAGCUUUCGAGCAGCCACGUGAGGACCAGCGAGAACGUCGUGAGAUCGUCGUCGUCCACCGUUGAGAGCAGCAAGCCACCCGUGGAGCAUCGAGUGUCCAGCAGUUCCUCGAAGGACUCGAUAGGGAAGAAGGAGGCUACGAAACCGAAGAGAAAGAGCAAAGAGCCCGUGCAACAGCCUGUCCAACAGCCUGUCCAACAGCCUGUCCAUCAACCUCCCGACAGAACGGAAGAAGAACAAGUUGUUGCGAGGCAACAACAGAAGCAGAAACAGACCGAGGGAACGAAGAGCGAACACGUAGCGCCGGUUAAAGCUGCGGAGAAGAGGCCGGAUCUGUUGGACGACGGGAUCAAGCCCGCUGACGGGCUGGUGAAGACGCCGAGCGUCAUCUCCGACCUUGAUCGCAACAGUUCGGAGUCGGAGAGAGACUCGGAGAUCGAGUUUGUCAGGAACAAGGUUGAGAAACUUGCCGAGGAAUUGCCCGACGAAAGGAAGGGGCUGUUUUACGAGGAGAGCUUCGAGGAGGACCUCCCUUACGUCCCGACCACCCUCCCUCUGGAGAAGAGCGUGGCAAUGCCGAUCCUGCCCGUGAAACAACGACUUCAGGAAGUGAGGUAACU